AUCAUAUUUAACGUAUAUACGCAGCUACAUCCGGGAACUUUUAACGAAGCUUAAAAGUGCUCAACUCCGGCAUUGCGGGCAUUGUUGUAGCGCCUUUUAGAGUUCUGGACCUCAAUUACGACAAACUUUCCCCCAAGACCGAACCCAUAUUAAGGUUAGCUACAUCGCAUCAGCUACAUCUACAGCUUCCUCAGCUCUAAGUUCAUAGCUCCUUAGCUUCUUCUUCUUUUCUCCUACGUAUAAUUAUCGUAUGCGCAAUCGCGCCCUUGUUCUCGAACCCCUUUCACGAUGAAUGUUGCCUGUACAUCCGCGGUCCGAUCUAUUCGGCCGUCUGCCUUCACUAGAUCGGCAAGGCCACUGCUCAGAUCGACUCCUAUCGUGGUAAGACCUGCAGUGCCAGUGGCGUUUUUCCACCAAACCAGGUAUAACCUGGCUGCGCAAAAGAUCAAGGUCAAGAAUCCCGUGGUUGAACUUGACGGUGAUGAGAUGACGAGAGUCAUCUGGCAAGUCAUCAAGGACAAAUUCAUCUUCCCCUAUCUCGAUAUCGACUUGAAAUACUACGAUCUAGGAUUACCAUACAGAGAUGAGACCAACGAUCAAGUGACGCUUGAUGCCGCGGAAGCUAUUAAGAAGUACUCGGUCGGUGUCAAAUGCGCCACCAUCACUCCAGACGAGGCCCGUGUAAAGGAAUUCAACCUAAAGCAGAUGUGGCUUUCCCCCAAUGGCACGAUCCGUAACGCUCUUGGCGGCACUGUGUUCCGCGAGCCUAUCGUCAUCCCCCGUAUCCCGCGAUUAGUGCCUGGAUGGAAGAAGCCCAUCAUUAUCGGUCGUCAUGCCUUCGGUGACCAAUACCGGGCGAAGGACAAGGUUAUCCCUGGACCUGGAAAGCUGAGCAUGGUCUACACUCCUACUGGUGGAAAGCCUGAAGAAAUUGAGGUCUUCCAAUUCAAGGAGGGUGGCGGCGUCGCACAGACCCAGUACAACACCACCGAGAGCAUUACUGGUUUCGCACAUGCCAGCUUCAAGCUAGCUCUUGACAAGCAGCUUCCCCUAUACAUGAGCACCAAGAACACCAUCCUCAAGAAGUACGAUGGAAAGUUCAAGGAUGUCUUCCAGGAGCUAUACGACACCCAGUACAAGAAGCAGUUCGAGGCUAAGAACAUCUGGUACGAGCACCGCCUAAUCGACGAUAUGGUUGCCCAGAUGAUCAAGAGCUCCGGCGGAUACAUCAUGGCGCUAAAGAACUACGAUGGCGACGUACAAUCCGACAUCGUAGCCCAAGGCUUCGGCUCCCUCGGCCUUAUGACCUCCGUGCUCAUCACCCCCGACGGCAAGACAUUCGAGUCCGAAGCAGCGCACGGCACCGUGACCCGACACUUCCGCGAGCACCAGAAAGGGAAGGAGACGUCGACAAACCCGAUCGCCAGCAUAUUCGCAUGGACGCGAGGUCUAGCCCAGCGCGGCAAGAUCGACGGAACCCCAGAACUGACCGCUUUCGCCGAGAGUCUUGAGAAGGCCUGCGUCGACACCGUCGAGAUCGACGGCGUGAUGACCAAGGACCUCGCGCUCGCCUGUGGAAAGUCCGACCGCGCCUCCUACGCCACCACCAACGAGUACCUCGAUGCCGUCGAAAAGCGGUUGAAGAGCACGCUUGCAGAGAAGCUAUAGAUAUCUAGGCUAUAUGGACGAAUAUCAGGUCGCUAGACAUAGAUCUAGAUCUAGAUCUAAGAUUUUCUCGUAAGACUAGAUAUACACACAUAUCAGCAUAGCACACAUGGUUGGUUUGGUUAGCUAGUGCCAAGAAGGACUGGACACCAACCUCUUCCAGGGCUCGGUUCCAUCAGGGGUCCGUCGUGGCGAGGAUACGGACAGAUGUGGAUGUGUUCCGCAUACCCUGUUCUUGCCUUCCUAGAUAUCUACAUACAUACCUAGGAACUUGUAAAUAGAUAGCAUGCUAGCAUUUCCCGCGCGGAAGCACUUGUAUAGGUAAAUCACAAAAAGAUCUAAGGAUUUCCUCA